GCUGCUUGGCCGUGGCAGAUCGGGCCAGGUUGUGGCCCGAAGGGUCGAUCCGGACACGGCGCACAGCCUUAGCAGCUUCGACUUCGAGACGCUGAAGGAUGUCACGACUCUGACGACGGCUGCGGCUGAGUCUCCUGUCCUGGAUCCUAAUGUGAAGUACCUCUAUGGCGCAGAUGGAGAGGUUUUGAUUGACUUGGCAAGCAAGAAGCCCCUCGAGGACAACUGGUUCAAUGCAGCGUGCGGAUUUCAAGCGCAGAUGAUCAAGAACCUGGACCAAGGCCUCCGGUUCAUUGGCUUGCAGCAAGCGUUUGGCUGGGCGGUCCUGGCCUACACCUGUCUCAUCAAGGUGCUGAUGUACCCACUGGAGAAGCCGUCGCUGAG